UUCCGCGCCGCGACAUCGCUGUUGCGCGGUCGUGUUAUAUCCGUACGUUAUACGCGAUUUUUAAUAAAUAAACAGUGAAAAUAAAGCUUUAAUCACUUGUUUCAUCAACCGUUGCAUAAAUAUGGUGAUAUAAACGAUAACUGAGUGAUGAAAAAUGUGUUAAUUCAACUAAAAUUAACGGAAGAGUGGUUAUAAAUUAGUUUUUGUUGUGUUAAUUUGAAAGUUUCGACACCAAUUAAUGUGAAAUUGCAGUGUAUGGUGUAUUUUAGUUUGUUGAUAGUUCUUAAAGCUUUUCAAAGCGCUUGUGGCCGGUUUUUUAAAAUGUGAAACCAACAAAUGACUAACGCACAACUAAAAAUGUGUACAUAAAAAAACGAACCUAAGAUGGCGGGGACUAGAACGCUGUCCACUGAGCCACCACGCUCCACAGCCUACUACUACGCAGAUCUAGAACGUAUAAAGAAGAAGAACGAAGAAGUAAACCAUCAAAUAGAAGAAGAUUAUGUCGAGACGACUGAAGUCACGAACGACGGACCAGUCGCUGAAGUUCCGCCUCUUAGAGACAGAAGAUAUCAAGAGAGGAAGGAUGACAGGAAAAUGGAAGAGACAUAUUCGACAGCGGGAACAUUUCCAAUGCCAGAGCCUAAGGAGAAAGAGCCACUUCUAGCAGAACUGGAAGUAGUCGGCCGACUUCCUUUAACUCAACUGGAUUCAUCAUCGGGUGUGAGGAGGAGUAGGAGUUGGUAUUUAUGCUGUCCUAAUGUAGGUGAAGAGGAUAUUUCGAGGGAAUCUUCUUGGAGAUAUUCGAGUCUACGGCCUGUGACAGCGCCCCCUAUAGCUGGACAGAAUGGAUUGCAUUUGAUAGCAACACAAAGCAGUGGACAAGACGACAUAGUUACCCUACGUAAUGAGAGAGACACUCUCGCCCGGGCCCUCGCGGCGGAGAAGCAACGAGCAGCCAACGAAGCGAGAGCUCAUGAUGCAAGGCUUGCGGAGCUGCACGGGGUCAUCGCUGAGCUGGUCAGGCGCCGCGCACAGGAUAAGUGCGCGAGAGCUAUACCCGAAGAAGAGCAAGAGGUGUCCGACGAAUGCGAGUCAACCACACAACCAGCUGGAGAACUAGACAAUGAUGCAGACAGAUCACGUACUGAUCAAAACACAUCAUCCCUAAGUCCAGCUGAGUCAGGUAGUCCUCAGAGGCAGGAGUUGCAGGAGAUGCAGGACCAGGACUUGACUGACAGUAGUACGCAGGAGUUACCUGUCAGGUCAGAACCCCCUGCGGAAUGCACCCCACCGCCAACUGAUCAGGGGGAUACAAGUGUCAAUAUCUCCGAAAGAGAUUCAGAGAUAUGCGUCACUACCGCGAGGUGUUGCCAGUUCGCAAGAGGUGCACAUUUGUUAGAGGGUUGCCAUGUACCUGACGGUCUGCUACCGCCAUCGCCAGGCCGUUGCGAAUCUAGACAAGCAAAGAUUGCCUCCCGGGUGCGGCUGCGGCGAGCUACUGACUCGGACUGUACUAACCAACUUAGUAACGACGAGAGCCGCACAGUGUGCGCGGAGUCGCUGUCGGGCUGCGAGCUGCCGCUGGCGCCGCACACAGAGGAGGCGGGCGCGGCGGCGUGGCGCGCGCGCUGUCUCCGUCUGCAGGCGGACUGUCGUGUACUGGACUGUGCACUGGCGCGCGCGCUCGACACCGCGCACAGGUUAUCAUGCGCAUGCGCAGCGCAAGAGUCGUCUAUGGUGGCAUUGUGCAGUGCGCUGCGAGCCGCAGACCGCGCGCUGGAGACAUACGACGUGCUGCUCGCACUCGCUGAGACACAGCCCCCAGCCACCCCCACACACCCCGCACACCCCCAGCGGCUGCACGAGCAGAGACAAGCCGCGGAGACGGUGGCGUGGCGGCUGCUGGCGCGCCUGGAGGCGGCCCCCGCGCUCGGCGAGCCCCUCCUCUCGCCUGGACCCUGGCUGCCGCACGAUGACACCCUCGAGGGGGGUGAA